AUGCAUGUGUGGCAUCACCGUUACCACACUCCAUCCGUUCACUUGCCUGGGGAGACGUUUCCUCGUGGGGGCUACAAGGGUGUGCCGGAUGGCUACGUCGAUGGGUGGCCGCAUGCCAAGUCUUGGCCGCAUCUCGCCAAGAAGAAAGGGACGGCGUCCGGUGGAGCUCGGGGGUCAGGCGGGAUGGAGCGGUUCAUGACAACCAAGCUGUCCACGGAGGAGCUACGACAGGCGAUCGCCAAGCUGGUGGUCACCUGCGACCUCCCCUUCCGCAUCGUCGAGGCCGAGGCCAAGAACUUCAUCCCCUCCCGGUGGACGGUAUCCCGCGACACUGUGGUCUAUGCAACAGCAGCUCUCCAGUCCGCCAUUGCGGAGAUGCUGGCGAAGGAGGGGGAGUUGGGGUGCAAGGUGUCGAUCACCAUCGACAAGUGGACGGCACCCAACAACAAGGCAUGGCUAGUGGUGACAGGUCACUGGAUAGACGAGAACUUCCAGCUGCGCACAAUGGUGCUUGAGUUCCGUGAGAUGCUCGGGCGGCAUGGGGGCAGGGAGAUGGCGCAGGUGGUUGAGGAGACGAUUGUGCAGUGGGGGUUGGAGGGGCGUUGUCUUGGUUUCACGACAGACAACGCCUCUAGCAACAUUGCCGCCUUCAGGCGGAUGUCGGAGGAGGGUGGUGGUCAGUGCUUCUUCAACUCGCGCAUGCACUUCCGUUGUAUGGAGGGGUGGGCCGGUGCGGUUCGAGUUGUAGGGUGUGUGGGGUCUGGUAUGGGUGUGUGGCGCACUCUAACAAUGUGUCCUCCAACUUCCCCUUUUCUCCUUCCCAAUGUUGUGUUCCGUGCGCAGGGCUUGUCGAAGACCGACAAGAAGAAGGUGGAGAGUUUGCGCCUGACAGACGCAGACUGGGAGACCCUGCAGGCGGUGAAGACAUUCCUAAGCCCCUUCGCCAAGGUCUCCAAGGCAGCAGAGGGGGCAGCGUACCCGACUGUGUCGAUGGUGGUGCCGUACUACAACGGCCUGAUCGACGCCAUGGAGUCGCGCCUUGCCAAGGGGCCAUCUCCGACGCUGCAGCCGAUGAUCGUGGCGGCGCUGAGCCACUUGAAGAAGUACGCCUACAUCACCAGCAACGAGUACUGGAUCGCCACCUUCUUGGACCCUUCCAUGAAGGCGGCGUGGUUCGACGACGCGCACUGGGAGAAGCUGCAUCCCGAGACCGACAGGAGGGUGAGGCCGCGUCCGGCGUCUGGCAAGGUGAUCAAGCUGGUGCACGACCGCGUGGCCGAGUACCAGGCCCGGGCUGCAAAGCUUGCUCCACGGCCGACCCCACUUGCCCCCGUUGCGGAGGAGGAAGAGGGAGACGAGGAGGAGGACGACGAUGACGCGCAGUUUCUCCCUAGUCGCCGACGACUUGCGGCGCGUCUGUCGGCGAGACAGGAGGCGGGGGCGGGUGGGAUGGUGCAGGAUGACGAGGUUAGCAGGUACUUGUCCGAGAGGGUGCGGUGCGACGUGACAGCGCUAGAGUACUGGCGCAGUGCCACCAACAUGCAGACGCUGAGACGCAUGGCCCGGGAUUAUCUCGCCAUCCCUGCCACGUCCGCUUCGAGUGAGCGGGUGUUCUCCCUUGGUCGCAACCUCAUUUCCUGGAAGCGGCACCGCCUGGCCUCUCAGAGGACGCGAGUUGUCAUGAUUUUCAGAUCAUGGUACAGUUCACACCCUGGCCAGAGGAUAGGCGAGGGCCGCCGACCGAGAGGCGUCGCACCACCAGAGUUCGCCAUUGAGGGCGAGGGGGCAGAGGAGGAUGACGAGGAGGAGGAGGAGGAGGGUGUGGAGGCUGACGACACAGCUGGUGGAGAGGAUGCUGUUGUUGGUAGUAGCAGUGGCGCCUUAGCGUAG